AUCAGAUUUCUGCGUGACGGACCCCACCCUCGAUCGUUGAACUUCGCUACAAUCGCACGAACGUGUGCAAAAAAUGGCGGCAACUGUAGCGGAUGGGGUCAAGGACCUCAAAAUCAGCGAAACGAACGGCGUCAAAGCAAAGGCGUCCGCCGCGAACGGAGCCAGUACAGAAGACGGAGCUGAAGACCACGAUGACUCAGAUGACGAGGACAAAGAGGAAGGUGAGGGGCUAGCGGAGGGUGAAGGGGGCGCAAAGAAGAAGAAAAAGAAGCCCAAGAAGAAGAAGAAGAAGACACCUGCAAGUGGCACCAAGGGUCAAACGUCUCCGCCUCGGGUUAAGGUCGCGGAUAUGUUCCCCAAUAACGAAUUCCCGCACGGCGAGGAGGUUGAUUACAAAGAUGAGAAUGCGUACAGGACGACUAGUGAAGAGAAGAGGCACUUGGAGCGCCUGGACAAUGACAAGAUCAACGACCUUCGACAGUGCGCAGAGGUUCACAGACAGGUCCGUAAAUGGGCUCAGCGGCAUAUUAAGCCCGGCAUGGGUCUUACUGAGAUCGCUGAAGGCAUCGAAGAUAGCGUAAGGCACCUCACUGGGCACAUGGGCCUUGAGGAGGGAGACAACAUCAAGGGUGGUGUGGCCUUCCCCACCGGUCUCAGCAGAAACAACUGUGCGGCGCACUAUUCCCCCAACGCGGGCAAUACGAUGGUUCUGGAUGAGAACGAUGUGAUGAAAAUAGAUUUCGGUGUGCAUCUGAACGGACAUAUCAUCGACAGCGCGUUUACGCUGGCGUUUAACCCCGUUUAUGAUAAUCUGCUAGCGGCUGUCAAGGACGCUACCAACACGGGUAUUCGGGAAGCGGGUAUAGAUGUCCGCGUCUGCGACAUUGGAGCUGCUAUUCAAGAAGCUAUGGAGAGUUACGAGGUCGAGAUCGGUGGAAAGACGUACCCCGUCAAGGCAAUUCGCAAUUUGACAGGCCACAACAUCGGUCGGUGGCAGAUCCACGGUGGCAAGAGCGUGCCUAUCGUCAAGGGCGGUGACCAGACGAAGAUGGAAGAAGGCGAAGUCUUCGCGAUUGAGACCUUUGGCAGCACAGGGAAAGGCUAUGUUCAUGAAGACAUGGAAUGCUCGCACUAUGCCAAAAUCCCAGAUGCGCCAAAGACGGCGUUGCGCGUCGCUUCGGCCAAGUCGCUCUUGAAUACCAUCAACAAGAAUUUCGGCACCUUGCCCUUCGCUCGUCGGUACCUUGACCGCCUGGGCCAGGACAAGUACCUUCUCGGCCUGCGACACCUUGUAGAGCAAGGAAUCGUGCAGGACUACCCGCCGCUGUGCGACAUCAAGGGCUCGUACACGGCGCAGUUCGAGCAUACGAUCAUCUUGAGGCCGACCGUUAAAGAAGUUGUAUCUCGCGGCGACGACUAUUGAGCGUGUAUGUACCGUUCUUGUUGGCAUUUCAGGAUGGUGUUAGUCACGCAUGGUCUUCGUGUAUGAAACCCAAACAAAAGUUCGACUAGAUGCUUGAAUUCAAUACAAGUAUUUCAUAACCUUCUACAUCUUUAAUCUCGUGACUCUGCAUUGCCCCGGCACAUGCAUCUUUGCAUCUGUACGACAGGUACCAUUCACGUGAGCGAGUUCUGGGAAGUAGGGAUGGCUUUCUAGCAACUGGUGUUGGCUCCAGAAUAGGCAUGGAAAGUCCGUAAAAGCGCUCACGAUUACGACAUGUUAAAACCGACUUAUUCUUCGAUUGCAACGGCAGGGCUAAAGUCGAGCGAGGAUGAGGCUUUUUGGGAGAAGAAGACAUCCAGACGUCAAG